AUGGAUGUGGCCAAUAAGUCUACUGUAUCUGAAUUUGUUUUGCUGGGGCUUUCUAAUUCCUGGGAACUACAGAUAUUUUUCUUUAUGGUGUUUUCAUUGUUUUAUGUGGCAACAAUGGUGGGUAAUAGCCUCAUAGUAAUCACAGUUAUAGUUGACUCUCACCUACAUUCUCCUAUGUAUUUUCUGCUCACCAACCUUUCCAUCAUUGAUAUGUCUCUUGCUUCCUUUGCCACCCCCAAGAUGAUUACAGACUACCUAACUGGUCACAAAACCAUCUCUUUCAAUGGCUGCAUUACCCAGAUAUUCUUUCUGCACCUUUUCACUGGCACUGAGAUUAUCUUACUCAUGGCUAUGUCUUUUGAUAGGUAUAUUGCAAUAUGCAAGCCCCUACGCUAUGCUUCAAUCAUUAGUCCACGGGUGUGUGUUGCACUUGUGGUGGCUUCCUGGAUUGUGGGAAUUAUGCAUUCAAUGAGCCAGGUCAUAUUUGCCCUCACGUUGCCAUUCUGUGGUCCCAAUAAAGUGGACAGCUUUUUCUGUGACCUUCCUGUGGUGUUCCAGCUGGCUUGUGUGGACACUUACGUUCUGGGCCUCUUUAUGAUCUCAACAAGUGGCAUAAUUGCUUUGUCCUGCUUUAUUCUUUUAUUCAAUUCUUAUGUUAUUGUCCUGGUGACUAUCAAGCAUCAUUCCAGAGGAUCAUCAAAGGCCCUUUCUACAUGUACAGCUCACUUCAUUGUUGUCUUCCUGUUCUUUGGACCAUGCAUCUUCAUCUACAUGUGGCCACUAAGCAGCUUUCUAGUCGACAAGAUACUGUCUGUGUUUUAUACCAUCUUCACUCCCAUUCUGAACCCAGCAAUCUAUACCUUGAGGAAUCAAGAAGUAAAGACAGCCAUGAAGAAACUGAAGAAUAGGUUUCUAAAUGUUAACAAGGCAACCCCUUCUCAUCAUUUUUAG